AUGAAGCGCCUGCUAUCGCUUGGCGCGCGGGCACCUCGACGGGCCUCUGUGCCACUGCAUCGCCGUCUGUUCGCAUCGGAGACUCCAGCCGUUCCCAAGUCGGAGCGUGAUCGCGACUUCCUGGCCGCUUUGCAGGUUUUCUAUCGAAUGGAGGGACAUUUCACCGUUCCGUACGAAUUCGUGGUGCCCAUUCCUCCCUCCAACGUCGAUACUGAAGCUUUCCCGUGGCCUAAAGAGACUUGGGGUAUGGAUCUAGGCAAUCGUCUCCGCCUCUUCACACGUGGACGCUGUAGUCCCUUUAAGUGCGCGUUGCUACGUACCGUGGGGUUCCCAUUCGAUGACUGGAAGACGUACGUGUGGGAGAUGCAGAUCAUCCCGUCGCUCCAGAUUUUCCAGGAACUGGAGGGGCAUCUCUUUGUCCGUCAGAGCUUCCAGGUGCCAGUAGGUGACGACAGGUGGCCACGUGCGGCUUGGGGUGUCAAACUCGGUUCCCAGUGCCAAUUGCUACGUCGUGACGCGGAGGAUGGUCUCUCCGAGCAGCGCAAGCAGCAGCUGGAUGCCAUGGGUUUCGUCUGGAGUGACGCGCAAUGGAAAUGGAAAAUGCAGUUCCUCACAGCCAUGAAACACUAUAGAAAUCUCUAUGGACAUUGCUCCGUGCAUCACACCUUCAAAGUACCUACAAGCGACCCGUUCUGGCCCGAGGUGAACUGGGGAUACAGACUCGGACAUGCUGUAGCCAAAGUGAAGGCCAAUUUAGAGGAGCACGCGAUGACGCCUCGAGCUAUGGCCGAUCUUAGGGAAUUAAACUUCUUUGAGGACGGACUAUCGCUGGAGACCUGGCGUGAAGCUUUGAUGCCCAGCUUGGAGGUCUAUCCGAGUCUCUUCGGCAACGCAUUCAUCCCACAUGACUUUGUAGUCCCCAGUGAAGCCCUAUGGCCGGAACGUGCGUGGGGUAUGAAGCUCGGAUACAUCGUGGAGACCAUCAACUCGAGACGAAUCUUUACAGACGAGAUCCAGAAGGACAAACAGAAACUCAAGGAACUCGGUUACGCGUGGGAAUCACUCUUUGGUAAAUGGGCCAAGGAGCUGCUGCCGGCGUUGCGACUUUACAAAGCCAAGUAUCAUCAUUGCGACGUGCCUUCGUGGUGGGUUGUGCCUUCGAACGACGAGUCCUGGCCCAAGGCGCUACGUGGUUAUCAUCUGGGCAAGCAAGUGGUUCGAGUUCGACGCAAUGGACGCGGCAGUACCGACGUGGUCGAUGUUUUGUCCGAACUGGAGGCUCUCGGCUUCAAGUUUAACGCUUUUGAGAGUUAUUUCGUCGACCGCGUGCUGCCAGCACUAGAGGUGUACGCAGAAAUCUACGGCGACACUCAUGUGCCUCAAGGUUUCAUCGUUCCAUCCGAGAGCACGUGGCCGCGACCUUCGUGGGGGACAAAACUGGGUCAUACGGUCCGCAACAUUCGCAAUCGACAUCAGCACGCGCAACAGGUAGAAAUGUACCGCGAGCGUCUGGAAGAACUCGGUUUCGUGUGGAGCAUCUACAAGUCUACGGCUGCUACCAAGCGCGAUAUUGUCGACCCCAGUGUGGAAAUUUACAAGGAAAUUAACGGCGAAGACGCUGAAGUGCCGAGGAAUUUCACUGUGCCUGCAGACGACACGCGUUAUCCAGAGGUAGCAAAGAACUUUGAGUUGGGGGCAUGGCUCGCUCAGUACAACAAACGCACGACUGGACUGCUCCCGUUCCAGACGCAAGAAGGUAAGAAGAAAGCGGUUGCAGCCAAUGACAAGCGUCAUGCCCAGGCCAGAGCUCAAGGAAAACUCACAUCACAUGCCGAGCAGUACUGGAAGGACGUGCUGUUGUCUUCGUUCCGAGCACACGCUGAUCUACAUGGCAGCUGCGAAGACAUGGAUGGCAGCUUUAUUGUACCAAACGAGGAGCCGUAUCCACAGUCUGCUUGGGGACUCAAUCUCGGUCUUCGUCUGCGUCAUGUGCGUCACGAUUGGCGUCCUUCGUGA